UUAGGCCACGACAGCAAUAAAUUUCCAGUGUUUACAGCCAAUGCCAAGGCCAAGUCAAAACUAAAAACAAAAACGACGCACACUUCAGGGCAGCAGUGAGAGCAAGGAGAGCGAGAGUCAAAUCUGAAUUGUCGCCACAACAAAAACGUAACGCCUACACGCACACACCCCCACCCACAUAUUAUCAGCAAUCAGGCUUCAGUCAAAUUAAUUAAUAGACAUGUCAAUCAGACGCGGAAUGGCCACUACGGCCUCCAAAGAGUGGCGCGAUUACUUUAUGAGCACCCAUUUCUGGGGACCCGUGGCCAAUUGGGGAAUACCGCUGGCAGCUAUCGCAGAUACGCAGAAGAGCCCAAAAUUCAUUUCCGGAAAAAUGACUCUGGCUCUGACGCUCUACUCGUGCAUUUUCAUGCGGUUCGCCUACAAGGUGCAGCCUCGGAAUUGGCUCCUCUUCGCUUGCCAUUUAACCAACGCCACGGCUCAGUCCAUACAGGGCAUCCGUUUUCUCAACUAUCAUUACGGAUCAAAGGAGCAGACAGCGUAAGCUGCCGUCAGCAACAUAGGUGCGAUGUCAUUUCAAAUAUUUACACACGAGGCCCAACAACAUUACUACCACUAAUAAUAGCUAGACAUGCAAAGUCGAUUUGACCAACAAAUAUAAAUCGCACUUGUUGUCUGCCUUUGCCUGCCGGGCGAUUCUAAGCUCUGGGAAAACGGCAUAGCUUUCUCGUCACGCCGCACCGCUCAACCUAAAUAGUGGAGUGUUCCAAGCAAUUUAGUCUAUAUUGGUUGAUUUGGCACACUUUUGAAAUGGCAACUGAUCAAAAUUGUUAGCUGGUACAAGCCAGCAUAGUUAGGCAAAUUAUUAAAACUAAAAUUGUUAUUUUUAUACGAUUGGCUAGCAAAUUGUUUUGACUUACUUGAAAA